AUGUACUUCAUCCAAUUCCAUUCAGGCAAAGCUCACAGCCUUUACUCUACCACAUGCUUUUAUCUCUUAAAGCGCUUGCAUGGCGAAAGCGACUGCUCUCAAGCACUGCGUCGCAAACUGGUGUCGAUGAUGGAUACGUACACACAUGGGGCCAGUUUUAGCAUGGAGAGAGAAGAAGCCACCAAAUGUGCCACAAAGUUUAAGAAGGGACUCAAAGACAACCUUUUUACUAUUCUAACACUUAUUGGAGUGGUCAUCGGGUUCGGCAUUGGCUUUGGUGUGGGCACAAUACAUCCCUCUGAAACGGUGGUCACAUGGAUUGCAAUGCCAGGAAAAAUAUACAUUCGACUACUCCAACUCACUAUUUUACCGGUCAUUGCCUCGAAUAUCAUUGUCGUUAUGGGGAAAAUUGAUCCUCGGGAAAACGGUAAAAUGGGACUGGCAGCCCUCCUGUUCAUACUCGGCUUCGACAUCAUCAGUGGUGCAAUCGGUGUCAUUGUAGCCGUUCUCAUUAAACCGGGUUUGUCUACGUCAAUUUCCGUAAACGUAACGGUGGAAGAGCCAGGACCGGACGACGCACCCGUUUCGACCUCUGAUGUAUUUGCCGACCUUCUCUUGUUAGUAUCAACGUUGACAAAGUUUUACGCAAUGCUGCUAUAG